AUGGAUGAUUGGGAUAACAUAGAUUGGGAUGAAAAGGUUGACAAUCUUAUUAAGUCACAAAAGGAUAAUGAAGAGAAUAAAAACGAACCAGGAACAUCCAAAGAAUUCAAAUUUGGCGAUGAAGAUAAUGGAAAUUAUUUUGAAAAGAUUAAACCAAACAAGGAAUCUCCAAAAUCAAAAGUUAAAACAAGUAAAAAGUCAUCAGAACAUAUGAAAGUUCAAGAAUCGUACAUUCAGCCAUAUUCUCAAAAGGAUUUGAUGUUGAUCCGAGACGCUAUAAGAAAUAAAAAUGUUCAUAACUCAAUACUUUCUACUUUCGGAGAAUGGGAGAAAUUUCUCCUUACACAUGAGAUGAAUUUAAAUCCUGAAAAAAUUGUGGAUCUACUCAUUAUUGAUGUAUCUCUUCUAGAUAUUCCAUUUAAUUCACAUAAUAAACUUUUUCUGAGCAAAUUGUCAAACAUCGAAGUGUUUUGGUCAGAACUUCUCAACUUUCUCAAAGAUUUUUUUCGUUUCAAACACAAAGAUUUGAAGUUUCUUCUAGCUGUUGAUAUGAAUGAAUUCUUCAGAAACAUUGACUUGUUGAUAUUCAAUCUUCUUCUCAAUAAUCUCUUCAAUGAAAAUUUAAAAACAGUUUUCGACGAAAUUAUUCUAAUUAUGAAUGAAUUUAAUACUAAUAAAUGGAGUCAACCAGCAAUAUUAAGUCAGAUCUUAAAUGAUUACGAAAGAAAUCAAAACGAACUUAUGACUUAUGAGAUUUAUCCGCAACUUUCAGACCUCACCAAAAUAUAUCAAAAGUUUCACAAAAACAUUGUUAUUGGUGAAUAUGAAAACGUUUCCCAUUAUCUUCAAGUUCAACUUCCAUUGCUGAAAGAAGACUUCAUGAAUAAAUUACGUGAUGGCGUUCAAAAUAUAAAAACAAUGACAAAUGUUGACAAAAUUAUAAAAUCAUCAAAUGUUGUCAUUUAUCCAAACGUUUGUAUCAAAGCUGUGAAAAAGUUCUUAUGGAACAUGAAUUGUCGGAUGAUUGUAGUUGAAUUCAAUCAACAACAAAAUUCAAAAAUUGAUUGGAAUCGUCGACUUUUCAAUGGACAAAUGCUUUGUUUCUCAACCUCUCAGGACUUCAAUGACUUGAUAGUUGCUGUAGUGUUGAAUCGUGAUCUAAUCGAUCACCAACAAAAUGAAAUUUUCAUUGAAAUCAUUUCAACAGAAAACGUUGAUGAAAUUUUCAACCGAAGUUUAAUCAUGCUGGAACCAACAUCAUUUUUCGAGCCUUAUCAUCGAGUUUUUAACGUGAUUAAGAAUUAUAAUGAACUGAAUUUUCCUUUUAAAGAUCAAAUCAUUCAUUUAAAGAAGAUUUCAGAUUUUCCUAGUUAUCCACAUUCCAAACAAUUUACGUACAAAAAUUUCUCUUUCAAUAUUGAGAAUAUCAAUGAUUGGCCAUCGCAUGAUGUCUUACACCUCGAGAAUAUGCAACUUAAAGCAAUUCAAAAAGCUGUUACAAGUAAACUGACAGUCGUUCAGGGACCGCCUGGAACAGGAAAAACUUUUAUUGGAUUAGAGAUUUUAAAGAUUAUUCUUGAAAAUACAAAUGAAAUUGUGCUGGUGCUGACACAGACCAACAAUGCAUUAGACAAAUUUCUCAUCGGAGCUUCAAAGUUUUCUCAAGACAUCAUUAGAAUGGGUGGUCAAAGUAAAGCAUCUGAAGUUGAACAUUUUGUUGCUAAGUCCACAACAUCACUUGAAUCAAAAAGAUACAUGAAGAAGCUUCAAGCUCAAAAUCGUGAUAUUGUUGCGAAACUUAUAAAUUUAGACGACAAUCAAGAUGAAAUUUAUCAAACUAUAUCAAGACAUCAGCGAAUGAUUGAAGAGAUUCAUCAAAUGAAUUUGUUUUCAUGUUUAAACGGGAAGAGAAUAAUUGGAAUGACAACGACAUUUGCCGCAAGAAACACUGCAAUAAAUAAAAUGUUGAAACCUGGAAUAAUAAUAAUUGAAGAAGCUUCUGAGGUAUUGGAGAGUCAUGUUCUUGUAUCGUUGACUAGUGAAACUAAACAACUAAUUAUGAUUGGCGAUCAUCAACAACUUCGACCAUUAACAAAUAGUUUUGAGCUUGCAAGGAUUUACAACUUCAAUGUGUCGCUUUUCGAACGUUUAAUAAGAAAUGAUUUUGAUUUCAUAACUUUAGAUGUUCAAAUGCGCAUGAGACCAGAAAUUUGUGAUUUAGUUCGUGGAACAAUCUACAAAUCUUUGACAGAUGGAGAUAAUGUCGUUGAUAAUCCAAAAGUGAAAGGAUUGAAGCACAAUUUCUACUGUUUAGAACAUUCGUAUCCUGAGUCAAUUGGCGAUGGAGAAACUUCAAAGGAAAAUUUAUUCGAAGCAGAUUAUGUUAUGAGAUUAUGUAAAUACCUUAUUAGUUGUGGUAAUCCCAUUGAAGAGAUUACAAUUUUAACUGCUUAUGCAGCUCAAGCUCAACGAUUAAGAAAACUUUUGAAGGAAUCAGAAAUCAAUGUACGUGUAGCAGUUCUGGAUGCUUAUCAAGGUGAAGAAUCUGAAAUUAUUCUUCUUUCUCUCGUAAGAAGUAACGAAAAAGGCGAUAUUGGUUUCCUUGCAUCAGAAAAUCGCAUCGCAGUGCUUUUAUCACGCGCUAAAUUUGGAUUUUAUAUCAUCGCUAAUAUGAAAUGUCUGGCGAAUGCUUCCCCGAUAUGGAAAAAAGUUCGUGACAUAAUGAAAGAUAAGAAAUUGCUUGGUGAUAAAAUUCCAGAUGUUUUGUAA